UGGACAAGUUUCUCUGUUCGGAGAUUUCCGCCGAGAGUUCAAAGUUCUUCGAAGAAAAUUAAAAUAAGAAGCACAAAAUAAAUAAAAUGGCUUUGAAAUUGUAUUACGAUCUUAUGUCACAACCAUCUAGAUCUUUGUACAUUUUGCUCAAGUAUGCGAAUUGCAAUUUUGAGAGUAAACUAUUAGCUUUACGAAAAGGAGAACACUUUGGUGAGGAAUUUACAGCAAUUAAUAGACUGCAGAAAGUGCCUGUUAUAGAUCACAAUGGGUUCGUCUUAACUGAAAGUGUGGCCAUCAUUAAAUAUUUGUCAAGAGAGAAUUUAAUUCCGGACAGCAUAUACCCAAAAGCCUCAAAGCAAGCAGCUCGCGUUGAGGAAUUCCUGGAAUGGCAUCAUGCUGGUCUGAGGCUGCACUGUGCUAUGUUCUUCAGGGUUAAGUUUCUGAUUCCUUCAAUAGUCGGCCAGCCUGAGGAGCCUAAAAACAUCGACGGCUACCUUCGUCGCAUGGAGGCAGCGCUCAAGGAGUUCGACACCAAGUGGCUUGGCAGAGGAAAUAACUUCAUAACUGGCAACACUGUGACAGUCGCUGAUUUGUUCGCAGCCUGCGAGGUGGAACAACCCAAGAUGGCUGGCUAUAAUCCUUGUGAGAAGUUUGAAAACAUCAACGUGUGGUUGAAGAAAGUUAGAGAUCACUUCAAUCCUUACUACGACGAAGCUCAUGAAGUUUUAAACAAAAUAGGAAAAAACAAAUUUAAGAUGGCUUCUAAGGUCUAAGAAAUAAGGUUUAAUUUUGAUUGUAUUUUGAAGUAGGCUUUUGCAUUUAAGAUUUUUGGUAUUCUUGUCUAUACAUAUUUAAUGGUCGAAUGAUUACUGUAAAUACUUUUACUCUUUAAACAAUAAUGAACAUUAUCGUGUUAAUUAUAAGGUGCUAUUUAUAUUUUUUUGUAUAAUACGUACGUAGGUAACGUAUAAAAUUACCUAUAAUAUGUUAUUUGUAAGGAAUUGUGUACUUGGUAAUUGUUGAAUUAAAUACAGAUUGUAUGGUU